UGUAAGACAAUUCAACAGACAAAGAACGAAAUGAUGAAGGUGUUGUUCGUCGCUGCGUUUCUCAGCGUAGCUUUGGCUGGUCCUACAUACCGCCGAGAAGAGCUGGCUGCUAUAAAACCAACAUUUAUUUCCGUCGGCCCUGCUAUCGUUGACUCCUACGAGCCAAUCUCCGUUGGACCUGCCAUCGUUAGCCCUGAACAGAUUUCUGUCGGCCCUGCUAUCGUUGACUCCUACGAGCCAAUCUCCGUUGGACCUGCCAUCGUUAGCCCCGACCAAAUUUCUGUCGGUCCUGCUAUCGUCGACUCCUACGAGCCAAUCUCCGUUGGACCUGCCAUCGUUAGCCCCGAACAGAUUUCUGUCGGCCCUGCUAUCGUUGACUCCUACGAGCCAAUCUCCGUUGGACCUGCCAUCGUUAGCCCCGACCAAAUUUCUGUCGGCCCAGCUAUCGUCGACUCCUACGAGCCAAUCUCCGUUGGACCGGCCAUCGUUAGCCCUGAACAGAUUUCUGUCGGCCCUGCUAUCGUUGACUCCUACGAGCCAAUCUCCGUUGGACCUGCCAUCGUUAGCCCCGACCAGAUAUCUGUCGGCCCAGCUAUUGUUGACUCCUACGAGCCAAUCUCCGUUGGACCUGCCAUCGUUAGCCCUGAACAGAUUUCUGUCGGCCCUGCUAUCGUUGACUCCUACGAGCCAAUCUCCGUUGGACCUGCCAUCGUUAGCCCCGACCAGAUAUCUGUCGGCCCAGCUAUUGUUGACUCCUACGAGCCAAUCUCCGUUGGACCUGCCAUCGUUAGCCCCGAACAGAUUUCUGUCGGCCCUGCUAUCGUUGACUCCUACGAGCCAAUCUCCGUUGGACCUGCCAUCGUUAGCCCCGACCAAAUUUCUGUCGGCCCAGCUAUCGUCGACUCCUACGAGCCUAUCUCCGUUGGACCUGCCAUCGUUAGCCCCGAACAGAUUUCUGUCGGCCCUGCUAUCGUUGACUCCUACGAGCCAAUCUCCGUUGGACCUGCCAUCGUUAGCCCCGACCAAAUUUCUAUCGGCCCAGCUAUCGUCGACUCCAUUGUAAACUCUGCACCCAUUGUUCAGAUAAUUGUUAAGGUGAAUUAAUAGACUGAAUAAAUAAAAUAAUUAAAUAUGAAGUGAAAUUUUUGAUCUUAUGUUAUUG